AUGGACGAGCACCUCGACCGAGCCUCCAAUGAGGUGCUAUCCAUCUCGGAUGAAGAGGAAGAGCAAGAUGACACCGAUGUCAAUACUAGCAAAGUGGAAUCUGAGGGGCAGUUCUUGGACGUCUCAGACGACGACAAUCAAGACGACCUCAACAGGAUCAAUGAAAUGAUCGCUGUGAUCAAAGAGGCAAAGUUGAAGAAGCUGAAAGCGGAGAAGGCAAGACUGGAAGCAAAGGCAGCCAACCGUUCUCCUUGCAAGAAGAAGCGCACCCCAACUAAGAAGAAACCUAGGGCUACCUACCAGCGGAAAGUUCCCAUUGCAAGGAAGAAGACACUGAAGGGAGCUACACCCAAACAAGUCACUGUUGAAGAGGGCAACAACACCGGAGUUAGCGGCCGCUGA